AUGACAUUGAAUUUCCAACCCGUGGAUUCCAGUGUUGAUGUAGACAUUGUAAGCCCUCCUCUUUUAGAUCCUACUAUUGCUGCAAAGUAUGAUCAUUCUAAAAUGAGGAAAGCAAUUGCUCAUUGGGUGCUUAUGCAUGAGCAUCCAUUUACCGUAGUAGAAGAUGAAGGGUUUAAUUUCAUGAUGAAGAUGUAUAAUCCUGCUUUUGAGAAGAUCUCUCGGAAGACAACAAAGAAUGAUUGUAUAGCUGUGUAUGAUGAUCAAAAGAAGAAAUUGAAGAAUCAUUUAAAGGGUAUUUCAAAGAUUAGCAUAACCACUUAUCUUUGGAAGUCACAAAACCAAAGGAUAGAGUAUAUGGUGAUAACUGGUCACUUUGUAGAUGCUAAUUGGAGGUUACAGAAGCGUGUUUUCAAUUUUGUCCAUGUUUCUCGACCUCGUCGUGGGGUUGAUAUUGCAGAUGCUAUUUACAAGUGUUUAAAGGAAUGGGACCUUGAGAAUAAGGUGUUUACAGUUUCUGUGGAUAAUGCAUCAUAUAAUGAUUCAUGUUUGAGGUUUUUGAGAGAGAUUUUUUCAAGAAAUAAGAAGUUGCUUUGUGAUGAAAAAUUGUUCCAUGUGCGAUGUUGUGCACAUAUUUUGAACUUGUUGGUUCAAGAUGGCCUUGGUGAGAUUGGUCACAUCAUUGAAAAUGUGCAUGAAAGUGUCAAAUAUAUUAACCAAUAUGAGGCUAGGAAACAAACAUUUUCUGAAAUUGUACAACAAUUACAACUUGGUACAAGGAAGUUGGUCAUUGAUUGUCCUACUCAUUGGAAUUCAACUUUUGAGAUGUUGUCAUGUGCUUUAAAAUUCAAAGAUGUGUUUCCGAGAUUUCAAGAAAGGGAACCAAAUUAUGACUACUUGCCAACUCCUGAAGAAUGGGAAAAGGUGGAGAAAGUAUGUGAGGUACUUGAUGUUUUCAAUGUAGUUACGAACAUUAUUUCUGGUAGUGACUAUCCUACUUCUAAUUUGUACCUUAGUGAGAUCUAUAGGGUGAAGGAAAUUUUGAACUUGAAAUCAAUGGAUGAAAACGAUUUCAUUAGAGGGAUGGUUGGAAAGAUGAAGGGGAAGUUUGAUAAGUAUUGGGGUGAAUGCAAUCUAUUAAUGGUUGUGGGUUCCAUCUUAGACUCGAGAUGCAAAUUAAGGCUCAUUGAGAUAUGCUUUCCAGAAAUAUAUUCAGAAGCUGAAGCUAGAAAUAACAUUGAGCAAGUUCUAGGGGCUUUAUACCAACUCUAUAAUGAGUAUGUGACUGCUUAUAAUGCUAGUAGUGAGCAUUCCUUCACUCAAGAGAAUAGUAGCAAUAGAUAUUCUUUAAGUUCUAGUUCCAAUUCUCAAUUAUCAACAAGUUCGGUAUAG